AUGGACACGCGGAUAAUCGACGGAAUCGCCAACUCAAGCGCCUCAGUCGGAGAGGACAGGUCCUGCCCGGACGACGACUUCGUUGAUCGAGUGAACCACACGUACACCAUGAACCUCCUCAUGUUCUUCACCGCGAUUGUCCUCUCUCGCCAGCUGGUGGGCAAACCAAUUAGCUGCUGGAUUCCGAAUGAUUUCACAGGCGCACAAGGCGAGUACGCUGAGACGGUGUGCUGGGUCACCUCCACCUACUUCAUCCCUCCUGCACAGGCCACUGUGCCCAUUGAGGAGGAUAUCCGAUACGAAAAGAAAAUUUACUACUAUCAAUGGGUCCCCUUCAUUCUAAUGAUUCAGGCGGCUCUAUUUGUUCUCCCCUGCAUUGUUUGGCGACUUUUCAAUACCCAAUCAAGAAUUAAUCUGAGAACCGUGAUGGAGGUGUCAAGUGAUCUGAAAAACCUGAAUGACUCCCUGGACCAGCGGCGUGACCUGAUCAACUGUCUGGUUCGUCACUUGGAGGAUGCCCUAGCGAUCCGCCACUUUCGUCGACAGCGACGAGGCAAAAAGACGAGGGCCACGGACCAGCACCACUAUGGUAAGGGCUGGUCUCAGCUCAACACUACUGGAAGCAAAACGGACGAGAGGAGUGGGAUGGGUAGACGGCGAUUUAGUACGCCCGUUGUACCUCUCGCCUUCUCUAAACAGGCCCGGGUGCCCGGGCCCCGACCCUGCAUGCCCACUUCUUCCACCUACCUCUCUGGCCUGUACCUCGCUAUAAAGGUCCUUUAUCUGGCCAAUUCAACCACUCAACUUAUUCUCACGGGAAAGCUAACGUUAAAACGAUUUUUAUUCCUGUCACUGUUCGACGACACCGAGGACGCGCUCCCACCGACCUACUGCUGUGGGGAGCCUGGCCAUUGGCGAACGGAUGCACUGCCGUUCCCCGCUGGGGCUCACGCCCCUUACCCCCCCGCCCUCCAGUUUGUGUUGCUGCGCCGAAGCCUUGAAGUGGAUAAAGACAUGUUUCUAUUUUUUCUUAACUGUUCCGAUAAGCAUCGGUCUCAGUGUAUGGGCGUUAAGGUUUGCAAUCCAGGUAAUGUGUGGUUUGUGGAGCUUCCCCUGUGCGUUAUGCCAAGGUACUUGAACGGCGAGGCCUUCAUCUUUGGGAUUGACAAGCUACGUGACCUGAUGAACACGCGGUUUUGGAACCAGACGGGCUCCUUCCCGCGCGUCGCCCUGUGCGAUUUCGAGCUGCGUCGUAUGGGCAGCAACCAGCACCGUUACACCAUCCAAUGCGUCCUCCGCAUCAACAUCUUUAACGAAAAAAUCUACAUUUUCCUCUGGUUUUGGUUCUUCCUCAUCUCUGUCCUUAAUCUUCUCAGUUUUCUUCGGUGGUGCUAUAAACUUCUGCUGAGUUCAGCAAGAGUACUUUUUAUCAGGAAUCUCAUUUGCAUUUACUUCAAUAUCGCCGCUGCCAAAUCACAGCUUCCAUUCAAGGCUCCAUUUGAAGAUGAGGACAAGGAGAAGCAGCAAUGUCAGCUCUCAAUCGCUGAUAUCUUUAAGACUAGGGAUGAUUUACAGGCCUCCUGGGUAUUCUCCGAGGAUAUUCUUGGUCAGGACGGAGUACUUUUACUGCGCUUUAUCAACAUGAAUGUAGGGCCAUCAUCUGCAGCUGAAUUGGCUGGUGUGAUUUGGAUUAAGUAUCGAAAAACCGCAGCUUUGGUCAACGGAACCACCUCCUCAGGAGUUGAAGAUUUUGUGCUUACCAAUAUAGCUGCAAACGAGAUCGAAAGACCACCGGCCAUCCCUCCCAAACGGCGUAGACUUCCUAUGCAAGGGAAGAAAAAGAAGCCUACUAUUAUGCCUCUGUCUGCAUUCAUUUAUCGUAGUAGGCAUAUCGAGGACAAUGACAGUGACAAAUCCACCGAUUCAUCACGCCCAACAAUCGAAAUGUUGCAGGAACGCAGGCGAUAUCGUCCAAUGAGUCGAAAACGAGGUAAUUACUUCUCCGACGAUGACGAUGAGAACGAUCAAAUGUCCGUCGUUCACGAGAACUAUUGUCCUGAGGAUUUUUUGGAUAAUCAUGACAUACCUGAAACUGAAGGUGGACAGGAUCCGGAGGAUCUUGCGUCGGAGUACCGAUCAUUUACAACUAUUAGAUGA